UUCAGGCGACGGGCGCAGCAGGAAGGCCCUUACCGGUUGAUGUUGUUGUGUAUAACACCUUUCACCGUCCUUCAACGGUAAAAAUGUACUACAAAUUCGGCGGUUUCACCCAGAAGCUGACGGGAUCUACUCCCUCCGCCGCCUACAAUCCUCAGGGGUUGAAGGCGACGUUGCCAGCAGAACCCCCAACCAUGAUCUUCACCACACCCACAAAGUUGGUGACAGAGGGCGCAACCGCAGUGGAGCACAUGGGCGUGAACAAAGUUCCUGACUUCCAGAAGUUUUUCCAGAAGUCAGACGGCAUCCCCAUUCACCUGAAGCGCGGCGUUCCCGACCGGCUACUGUACCGCACCACCAUGGCACUCACCGUAGGAGGCGUCGUUUACUGUCUGGUGGCUCUUUACAUCGCAGCCCAGCCCAACAAAAAGUGACCAACCCGGGAACACGUCCGACGUGCCGCCGCUCUAACCGACCCAGCAUUCACAGUCUCCAUCUGCCCUCGCCACGCCAUCUCUUGGGACUCUUUUUCGAUGAGAUUUACUGCCAUCAUGGCGCCAAACCAUUGAUCACAAUUCUAAUGUCUGUCUUCUUUGAACAAAAGAUGUAAUAAAUUUUAAGGGGAAGAAAGGUAAAA